CGGGGCUGAGCUAGGGGCCGGUUGUCGCGGGCCGACCUAGUUCCCACCGGGCGCUCCCCGAGCGUGGGGUCGGGACAGAGUGUCGCCGAUGGGCGAGGAGCGAUCUUCUCUCCCCAUUCCUACUUCCUACUCUUUCAGCCGACCCAGGGACUGUAUUUUGGGGUAGAGAAAGCAGAGAGAUUGUCCUUCCCAUCCAGGCCCGGGGCCUGGCUCUUCCGGCCUCGGGAGGACGGGUGCGGGGAAGGGCCGAGCGCACCCUCCAGCAGGCCCAAGAAAACGGACGAACCCUUCCCCGCUCUUAGAUUUUUUAACUUUCCCUCACUGCCCGGCCCCAUCUCUCCAUGCUCUGGACUCGAGGCUCCCAUGCGCACGCCUCGAGGCUGAGUGCUGGAGUCGGGGGCGUAGGAGGGCGGCUCAGACGUUUGAUCUUUGGGUCCCCGGGGCCAAACCGGGCGCCUACACUGAAGAGGUGCACAGUAAUCUCCUGUGGUGAGGGUGAGGAAUGGCGUUGGGCCAUCAUUACCCACUAACCGAUGGAUAACUAUCCCAGUUUCCUUCCUAUUCCCAGAGUGACCUCUGGCAGGUCACCUCACCUUUGUGAGCAUCGGUGUCCCAAUGGCAAAGUGGAGCUGACAGUAAUUGCUUUAAAAGAACUGAAGCUACAAGAUGGCUGACCAGGACCCUGGGGGCAUUAGCCCCCUCCAACAAAUGGUGGCCUCAGGCACUGGGGCUGUGGUCACCUCCCUCUUCAUGACCCCUCUGGACGUGGUGAAGGUCCGCUUGCAGUCUCAGCGCCCCUCCGUAGCCCGUGAGCUAACGCCUCCCGCCAGACUCUGGAGCCUCUGCUACACCAAAUUGCCCUCCUCUCUCCAAUCCACAGGGAAGUGCCUCCUGUACUGCAGUGGUGUCCUAGAGCCCCUGUACCUGUGCCCAAAUGGUGCCCGCUGUGCCACCUGGUUUCAGGACCCGACUCGCUUCACUGGCACCAUGGAUGCCUUUGUGAAGAUUGUGAGACAUGAGGGCACCAGGACCCUGUGGAGUGGCCUCCCAGCCACCCUGGUGAUGACUGUACCAGCGACUGCCAUCUACUUCACCGCCUAUGACCAACUCAAGGCCUUCCUGUGUGGUAGAGCUCUGACCUCUGACCUCUAUGCACCUAUGGUGGCCGGUGCAUUAGCCCGCCUGGGCACGGUGACUGUGAUCAGUCCCCUGGAGCUGGUGCGGACAAAGCUGCAGGCUCGACAUCUGUCGUACCGGGAGCUGGGCACCUGUUUCCGAGCUGCUGUGGCUCAGGGCGGCUGGCGCUCGCUGUGGCUGGGCUGGGGUCCCACUGCCCUUCGGGAUGUGCCCUUCUCAGCCCUGUACUGGUUCAAUUAUGAGCUGGUGAAGAGCUGGCUGAGUGGGCUCAGGCCAAAGGACCAGACCUCCGUGGGCAUCAGCUUUGUGGCUGGCGGCAUCUCAGGGAUGGUGGCGGCCACCCUAACUCUACCCUUCGAUGUGGUGAAGACUCAACGCCAGGUUGCUCUGGGAGCCAUGGAGGCAGUGAGAGUGAUGCCCCCGCACACUGACUCCACCUGGCUGCUGCUGCGGAGGAUCCAGGCCGAGUCAGGCACCAGGGGACUCUUUGCAGGCUUCCUCCCGAGGAUCAUCAAGGCUGCCCCGUCCUGUGCCAUCAUGAUCAGCACCUAUGAGUUCGGCAAAAGCUUCUUCCAGAGGCUCAACCAGGAACAGCCUCUGGGCCCCUGAAAGGAGAAGGAAACAAGGACCUCCUCUCUUCCGUGGAUGGGGGUGGGGCAGGAGGAGACUGAGCCAAGUGCCUUUUCCUCAGCACUGCGGGGAGGGGCCUCCUUUCUCUUUCCUUUCAGCCCUGAGCCCUGGGGGGAGGGGGCUGCCCCUCUGGGCCCCACCCACCCUCCUCAGACCACUUUUUUCCUGCUGCUCCCCAGCCCCAAGAAUCAUCACUCCUUCCCCCCAAGUUCAAGACCAAAUCUGCUAACUACUGCCCCCCCCCCAAUUUACCUGUACGUUGCUGUAGCUGGGCCUUGCCCCCAGGAGCCACAAAACCCUGGGCCUGGCAUAGUCUGCACCCACUCCUGUUAAUUCCUUGAGUCUAAAGAUGGUAAACUGUUCUCCAGUGCCUGU